AUGGAAGAGGAUGGGAUUCAGGAGUGCAGCGUGAGGUUAUUAGGUAGCAGCGCCAGCGGCGGGAGUGGUGGCGCCGCUUCCGGUGGCGGCGGCGGCGGGUCAUGGAGGUGGGUGGAUGGGAGUGAAUUGGACUCUGAGUCCUCCCACUGGGCAGCUGUCGAUGAAGAAAAUAAUGGAGAAGGGUAUGGUGGCUCUGUUAGGAGAAGGCUAAUAAAGAAGCCCAAAAGAGUUGAUUCAUUUGAUGUUGAGGCAAUGGAGAUUGCUGGUGCUCAUGGUCACCAUAUGAAGGAUGAUUCCGUUUGGGUAACGAUAGCAUUGGCAUUUCAAACGCUAGGUGUAGUGUAUGGAGACAUGGGCACAAGUCCGCUGUACGUAUUUUCCGAGGUAUUUAGUAAGGUGCCCAUUACUUCAGAAGUUGAUGUCUUGGGAACCUUGUCGCUAGUAAUGUACACGAUUGCCCUAAUUCCUCUAAUAAAGUAUGUCUUUGUAGUGCUGAAGGCGAACGAUAAUGGAGAAGGUGGAACAUUUGCAUUGUACUCGUUGAUCUGUAGGUAUGCCAAUGUUAAUCUUCUUCCUAACCGUCAGCCUGCAGACGAACGUAUUUCAAGCUUCAAGCUCAAGCUACCAACUCCUGAACUAGAGAGGGCUUUGAAUAUAAAAGAAGUAUUGGAGCACAGGUCGUAUUUGAAGAAAGCUCUUUUAUUGCUUGUCCUUAUGGGGACGUCUAUGAUUAUUGGGGAUGGUAUUCUAACUCCAGCCAUGUCAGUUAUGUCUGCUGUGAGCGGUCUGGAGGGUCGGAUACCUGGAUUUGGCACAGAUGCCCUUGUUGUUACUUCGAUUGUGAUCCUUGUGAUACUGUUUAGCAUACAGAGCUUCGGAACAGGUAAAGUAGGAUUCAUGUUUGCUCCUGCGCUUGCAUUGUGGUUCUUUAGUUUGGGAUCAAUCGGGGUUUACAAUCUGUUCAAGCACGACAUUACUGUUGUGAGGGCGAUAAAUCCUUUCUACAUAUACCUUUUCUUCAAGAAGAAUAGCACCAAGGCAUGGUCGGCACUUGGUGGUUGUGUUUUAUGUAUCACAGGUGCAGAAGCCAUGUUUGCUGAUUUAGGUCAUUUCUCUGUACCAUCCAUUCAGAUUGCUUUUACGACUGUAGUCUUUCCCUGUCUCCUCUUUGCUUAUAUGGGCCAAGCUGCCUAUCUUAUCAAACAUCCUCAUUCAGCUGAAAGAAUAUUUUAUGAAUCUGUUCCAGAGGGCCUUUUCUGGCCGGUUUUUGUGACGGCCACGGUUGCUGCCAUAAUUGCUAGUCAGGCCAUGAUAUCUGCUUCGUUUUCGUGCGUGAAGCAAGCCAUGGCUCUUGGGUGCUUCCCGAGGUUGAAGAUCAUUCACACUUCUAGAAAACUGAUGGGUCAAAUUUACAUUCCUGUGAUAAACUAUUUCUUGAUGGUCAUGUGCAUUAUCGUGGUUGCUGUUUUCAGAAGCACAACACAAAUCGCCAAUGCAUACGGCAUUGCGGAGGUCGGGGUGAUGAUGGUGAGUACGGCGCUAGUGACCCUGGUGAUGCUCCUCAUCUGGCAGACGAGCCUCCUUUUUGCUCUUUCCUUCCCUCUCGUCUUCGGCUGCGUGGAGCUCGUCUACCUUUUGGCUGUCCUCACAAAAAUUGCCGAGGGUGGGUGGGUCCCACUCGCCUUCGCCUCCUUCUUCCUCUGCGUCAUGUACGCAUGGAACUACGGCAGCGUCCUCAAGUACUGCAGCGAGGUCCGCGCAAAGAUACCGACGGACCUGAUGCUCGAGCUCGGCUCCUCCCUCGGCACCGUGCGGGUCCCGGGCAUCGGCCUCGUUUACAAUGAGCUCGUCCAAGGUGUCCCCUCCGUGUUUGGCCGCUUCCUGCUCGACCUCCCGGCCAUACACUCGACUAUCGUCUUUGUGUGCAUCAAGUACGUCCCGAUACCCGUGGUCCCACAGGAGGAGCGGUUUUUAUUCAGACGGGUUUGCCCGAAAGACUACCACAUGUUCCGGUGCAUUGCGAGGUAUGGUUACAAGGACGUGCGUAAGGAGGACCACCGCGCAUUCGAGCAGCUUCUGGUCGAGAGCCUCGAAAAAUUUCUGAGGAAGGAGUCUCAGGAGCUUGCAUUGGAGGGAGAUUUGAACGAUCCAGAUCUCGAUAGAGUUUCGGAGGAGCUUCGGGUGCCGGUGAUGUGGGAUGGAGAGAAAAACGUGAUGGAGGAUCCGGGACUGGAGUACGAGCUGGCGGCGUUGAGGGAGGCGAGCGAGUCGGGCUUCACGUACUUGUUGGGGGAUGGGGAUGUACGGGCGGCAAAGGACUCGUUUUUCCUGAAGAAGUUGGUGGUUAACUAUUUUUAUGCGUUUCUGAGGAGGAACUGCAGGGGAGGUGCGGCGACGAUGAGGGUUCCCCAUAUGAAUAUUAUGCAGGUUAGGAUAACAUAUACUGUGUGA